AUGUCGCGCUUGUACGUGCAAUUAAUGUCAAUUUUAACCGUCUUCGGCUCUCAUUGCAGAUGGCGCGGCUCUGUUUACAAGCUGAUCUGGCGGGAACUACUGGCGUACCUGUUCGUCUACUACCUCAUCAAUUUCACAUAUCGAUACCUGCUCAAUGACCAACAGCGGAUGAUCUUCGAAAAAAUCCGCUACUAUUUCGGCAAUUCCAGCGAAUCUAUACCCAUGUCCUUCGUCCUGGGUUUCUACGUGAGCCUCGUCGUGAAGAGAUGGUGGGAGCAGUACAAGCUUUUGCCCUGGCCGGACAAUCUGGCCCUCUUCAUCAGCGCCGCUAUUCCUGGAAACGAUGAACGGGGGCGACUGAUGAGACGCAACAUCGUUAGGUACGCCGUGCUCGCGUACGUCAUCACGCUGCAAAGGAUUUCGCUGCGCGUCAAGAGGCGUUUCCCGACUCUUCAGCAUAUGGUGGAUGUAGGUCUGAUGAUGGAGUCGGAGAAGAAGAUCUUCGAGAUGAUGAACAAAAAGGCGGCCAUGUCGAAAUACUGGAUGCCGCUCGUCUGGGCGACCAACAUCAUCAACAGGGCGAGGAAGGAGGCUCUGAUCACCAGCGAUCAGGUGGUGCAGACUCUCCUCGUCGAGCUCAGCGAUAUCCGGAAGAGGCUUGGCGCAUUGAUCGGUUACGAUACCGUUUGCGUUCCUCUAGUCUACACUCAGGUGGUAACACUGUCGUUGUACGCCUACUUUUUCUCGGCCUUGCUCGGCAGACAAUUCGUCGGACGCUCCGAAGGCACCGGGAAGUACGAGGAGCCAGACAUGUAUUUCCCGUUUUUCACGACGCUGCAGUUUUGUUUUUACGUCGGUUGGCUGAAAGUCGCCGAGGUGUUGAUCAAUCCGUUCGGCGAGGAUGACGACGACAUCGAAUUGAAUUGGCUGAUUGAUAGGCACAUCAAGGCGGGUUACAUGAUCGUCGAUGAGAUGCACGAGGAACACCCGGAACUGCUAAAGGAUCAGUAUUGGGACGAGGUCGUGCCCAAAGACUUGCCGUACACCGUCGCUAGCGAGCAGUAUCGUAAAGAAGAGCCGAAGGGCUCCGCGGAACAUUACAAGGUGAAAGAUAGCGACGCUCUUUACGCGAACGUGAUGUUGGGCACGCAGAUUCACAGUCACGCGCAACACCGUAAAGCUCAUCAGGAUGAUAUGUAUGCCGAUUAUGAGAGCGUCGACACUCCGUUGGUCGAGCGGAAGAAGAACGGCUGGUUUCAACGACAGAUCACCCGUGUGGGCUCGGUGCGCAGCUCUUCGACCACGUACAGCAGCGGUGGUGGUUUCUUCACGCGAAACCGCCACAACAGUGUGUACAGCAGCCCCGAGACCGGUGGUCUGCCACAAACGAACAAUCCGAACUUUAAGAUGUCGCUAUACGAUCGUCUCGUGGGACGCAAGAGCGUCCGCAGCCAGCGGAUGGGUCGUCAAGGCACUAUGACGAAGCUGAACUCGGUGCCGGUGUCGCUGAAGAACAGGCCGCGCAUACCGACUCCGGAUGUGACGAAAGAGGUGGUCGACCGUGAGCAGCGGCUCGCGCUGUCGGCCACGAACGCGGCGAACAUCGGCGCGGGCGUGGUGGGCGUGAUACCAACGAACGGUCAUUAUCCAACGGACCUAUCGGUGGUGGUCUUGUCGCCGAUACAAGAAACCGAGGGCACACCCGCGUCGGGCAAGUCCGGCGCGGCGGCCUUGGCGCAGGCUGUGCUCUCGCCGACCUUGACCAGUGCCGGCCUCAUGACGCCGGUGACCUUGACGCCGGUUACCAUGGGUCACCUGACGCAGUUGGGCCUCAUGAAGACCGCGUCCUCCACGACGACGGCCACGCAUAUCAGCAAACCGGCCAACAAUGUCGUCCAGGCGACGCUGACCGAGGUGAACAGCAGCGAAGAGGAGGGCAGCGGAAGCGGCAGCAGCAGGAGCGGGAGCAUCACCGGGCAAGAGGACCGCUCGACGCCGUUGAUCGACAACAACAACAGCCCGACCGGAAGCAACGGCAGCUCGCCCACCUUCGGCGGCUACAACGAUCGCUCGCCGAUCCUCAUGAGACCCGACAAACUCGGCUACAUGGUCACCGCCGGCGUGCUCGCCGGCGCGCAGCUUAGCCACGCGAACGCGGAUGCCAGAGGUAGGCGAUCGGCAUCCUUGCCCGGACCGCCGGUGCUGCAACCGCGGGACGACCGGAGCAUAUCGCUGCCGCAAUCGCCAGGAUUGCAGCCGCGGGAGGCUCGAACGGCCUCCGUGUCGGGUAGUAAGCACGGUGGGCUCGUGGACGUGGACAAGUUGGCCACCGAACACUCGGCCAUUCGACCGCGGACCAGCAGUUUCGGCCACGACUUGUCCAGGCCCACUCACAGGGCCCAGGACGCCUCGAGGAAGAUCAGCAGCGUCUCCUGUACGAACGCCUCGCUCUCGAGCGGCUUCGGCUCCGCGUCCUCGACGUCGUCCGCGAGCGUGUCCGCCACGACGACCGUCGCGGGCAGCAAGAGGGGCGAGGUUUAUGUUUGAUGAAAAAAAAAACCGCGACCCAACGACGGUUCAUUCGUCCCGAUAAUUAGGGGGUAUAAUUAGAGGGGUAGUUAGAAGGUGCAAUUCUCUGCGUUCGCGUUUCCUGAGACUUAUUUCCGUCCGUUAUUGUGAUGUCUCAUGAGUGUGUGUGUGUGUGUGUGAACGAGUGGAUGUGUGUGCACGUGACGGAUUCACGCUUUAUUUUUGUAAUUUCUCGCUCGUACUCAAAAAGGUGGCAUGCUUAUCUUUGCGAUAGAUACUGCGAAUAGUAACGCGAAUACUCCGGAAAUACGCGCGGGGUAAUCUAUGCCACUCCGCCUCGUGCGUAUUAUUCGCGUUUCGAAUAAUUUGCGAAUCUUUUGGAAUGUCCUGCGGGUAAAGCGCGUUACGGAGGAUGUUCCGAACGAUCCGCCACUGGAGGUUGCAGUGGCCCUGGCCACUUUUUUAGAUAUUUCGUCGUCAUAACGAUCAACGAAGGGAAAGAAUUUGUAGAUCGCGCGAAUAUACGUUGUAAAUAGUAAUUUAUGCGUUAAAAACUCUAUCUAUGACUCGUAACGAUCAAUCCGACAUAUAGGAGCGUAUAUUUAAAAUGUAUGUGUAUAUUAUGUAAUCGUUAAUAUUAUACUCGGCACGAGUGUAAGAUAUGCUUGAGAAUCUCGGAAUGUAGGUAGACAAUAGGAAUGUACGAGGGUAGUCCCAGAAGUACCUGACCUGACCUUAGCGGUUGUUGCUUGAAAAGAAUGACUAUGAUAGAAAAUACCAACCUUAUAAAGCUUAAGUUUGAAGUUUGACGACGCUACGUUGUUCAGUAUUUGUUUGGCAGCCAUCAAUAGUGAACGC